AUGCACUUCUCUACCCUCUCCCUCUCCAUCCUCCCCUUCCUUGCAACCACCGCCUCAGCCGCAAGCUGCACCAUCGACGGCAGCGCCGCAGCGUACCACUGGGAAGUCCGCGCCAGCGGCGUCUACGGGAUCCCAGGUUGGUGCGGCGGCCUCUGGGAUAACCUCAACAGAUGGGGUGGACUGUGCAACCCUUCUUAUCCGUAUUGUAAUGGGCAAGAUGGCGAGAUGGUAUGGAGGUUUACGACGAGUGUGGGAUGUAUGAGAGGGCAUGUUGAGUCGGUUUGGUGGGAGGCGACGAAGAAUGAGUUUGGGGCUAUUACUUGUGUGGAUGCGCCGGAAAAGAGGGAGGUGUUAGAUGCGCCAGAGGAUAAAAAGAAGAGAGAGGAGUUUAAGGCUUAA